GUACCCAUAAUGAGUGGAAGAGGGAAGACCGGCGGUAAGGCUAGGGCUAAGGCCAAGACUCGCUCCUCUCGCGCUGGCCUGCAGUUUCCUGUGGGCCGUGUGCACAGGCUUUUGCGCAAAGGUAAUUAUGCCGAGCGCGUUGGUGCCGGUGCUCCGGUCUAUUUGGCUGCUGUGCUGGAGUAUCUGACUGCUGAAAUUCUCGAGUUGGCAGGCAACGCCGCCCGUGACAACAAGAAGACCCGUAUCAUUCCUCGUCAUCUGCAGCUCGCCGUGCGUAACGACGAGGAGUUGAACAAGCUAUUAGGAGGAGUGACUAUUGCUCAAGGUGGCGUGCUGCCCAACAUUCAGGCUGUUCUGCUGCCCAAGAAAACCGAGAAGGCGGUCAAGACCAAGUAAAUUCACCUCUGCUCCGUUGUCUGCAGAUCCCAAAGGCUCUUUUAAGAGCCACCCAC